AUGGAGUCGAACACUCCAUGUCAACAACGAACCCUGGAAGCACUUCCCCAGGAAGUGCUCGAGACGAUUGCCGAGUUCUGCGGCGACGUCGCUAGCAUCUCACCAAACGAACAGAGAGACACGUUCCUUCACGAUGUCAUUUAUCCAUACCUAGACUCGGCGACGUCGAACACCUGGCAGCCAGCGUACAGGGAUCUCCAAGCACUGGCACUUACGUCCAAGACCUUCACAAACCCGGCACAGCGCGCCCUCUUCAAGGUUGCCAUAGUCAAAACCACCGGCCACCUAGUGCGCCUUCUGCACAGCUUAUUGCUUUAUCCAAGCAACCGACGCUACGUCCGCUGUUUUGUAGCCAUUAUCGACGACUAUCCGCGUCCAUUGCCUCAUCGGUUCAUCGCUCCUCAGCCUCUGGUGCUGGAUAGACUCAGAAUCACGCUUCCCAUCAUUGACUCUACGGUCGUCAAUUUGCACACCAUUGAGGACCAGCUCCUCACGGCCACUAUCCAGCUGUGCCCAAAAUUAACAGCUAGUCGCGUCUGCUUCGGCUUGCCACAACGUCAUACAGAGCGACCGGCUCCGGCAACCCAACCGGUCGAGGAUCCUCCCAUCUAUGCAACACUCCUCGACAGCCAUCACGACCUACAGCUCAAGUCUCUAACACUCGACUUCGGCGCCCUUCUUUCACUCACAAAUAUAAGGCGCUAUAUCUCCGGUUACCAGAUCGGAUUGCCCCCUUCCGUGGAGCGGCUUACACUCGUGGGUAACAGAACAAUGGAUUCGGUACUCUCUUACCAUUUGUUUGAUCUUACCAUCUUCGCCAGAUUUCUCAGCACGAACAAUAAGCUGCGUCAAUUGCGUAUGCUUCAUGGAUUCGAUAAGCUGGUAAGUUACAAACGGUUUCGAGUCUAUCAACCCCCGCGGGAGAACUGGAACUCCCUCCUCCUCAAAUACCGCAAUACCCUCGAAGUGUUGGUCAUGGAUCUGUACGGUUCAUGGAGAGCCAUCCCGCAGGCGCGGUAUAGACACUCUGGCAUGUUGGAUUGUCUCGUGAAAAUGGAGAAGCUACGUUGUCUUGGAGUACCGCUCCAUGCUCUUGGAAGUGCUGAAUUCGGUCUCCCUCUGGGCGCAGAAGACUGGGAAGUCACAUCGUCCAUACGAGCUGAACUGCCCCCUCGCUGGAAGAACUUGGAGGUGAUGGUCAUAGACCCAUCUGAACUUGACAGCGAUGGGGAGAGAACGCCUCUGACUUGGAGGAUCGUCGAAUUUCGGAGCAGUCCCAACUAUUAA